AUAUGUGGUACAGCUUUCAAGGGGUGAAAUUCAGCUGGCCAGCAGGGCCACAGAAUUUCCAUCCUGCAAUCAUGGCUCAAUUUGUCUGUAACCUCACAGAGAAGGGCCCAGUGCUGGUAAAUGCUGCUGCAAUUUGCUUGAAACCUCGAAUGGCCACAUUUUGGCACUAUGCCAAGGUUCAGCUGCUUCCUCCAGCCCCUGCUGAGAUCCUAACAGCUAUUCAGAGCUUGAAAAAAACUCAGUAGUCAAUAGUCAAUAGUGCUCAAACUGGUAGUUUCAAACAGCUACCAGUUAAGGAAGCUGUGCUGACUGGUUUGGUGGCGACUGAGGUGUGGAUGUGGUUUUACGUCAGCGAGAUCAUGGGCAAGCAUGGCAUCACUGGUUAUAAUGUUUGAAGAUCAAUCUUUAACAUCUAUUUCCUUUUGGUUUAUUACUUCAAUGUCCUUGGACCAUGAGUGAUCAGAAUGGUAUUUGAAUAAAAAAAAGAUAUU